CACGUAAUUCUUAAUGAAUGGGUGCAUGCACGUAUGCGCGAUUUAACAACGAAAAACGAUGAGUAAUAGUAAUACGCAUGCGUCAAAUAAAACUCGUAUCACCGGAAAUACUCGUAGCAAGCAACCUUAACUUGUGUUGUUUACAAUGGUAAAAACGUAAAAUAACCAUAAAUAAGGCUAUUUAUAAUUAAAGGAUUUUAUAAAAAUGACUUCAACACCAUCAAUAGUGGUGUCGACACAAGAAGAAGAAAGGGGUCAAUAUAUCACGAAAUGGAAUAUGCUUUUUAAUCGUAAUCAAAGUCAUUGGAUGGUUUGUGAUGCACGCGAAGGAAGUUAUGUUUAUGCUUGUUAUUCAUGUAGGGAUUUGUAAGUUUCUUAUUUAAAGGAAAAAGCUUUGACAUUUGCUAAAUGGUUUUAUGCGCAUGCUCUUUAAGAAUCGAUCAUAAUUAUCGUACCAGAGUGAAAUUUUCUUCAAAAUCAUCAUUUAUCGACCACAUAAAUCGCAUAACGAUAGGUUUAAAAUAUUAUUGUUCGGACUGUAUGUAUACCUAUAAAUUUUACAACCCCUGUUCCUUGCUUUUACAUGCUCGAAAACAUUUCCAACCAACAAUGGGUGUUAUAAAUUUCGACGAUAUCACGAUUUUUCAACUUCCACCUGAUUUAGUUGGAUUUCCAUUUUAUCCACAUGUUCCGAUGGUUUUUAACAUUGAAGAUGAAGAAUUAGGGACCACUUAUUACAUAAAUAGUAGCUUUUAUAAUCCAGUUGCUGAUCAGAAAGGGUUUAAAUGCGUUGAAAUGGUUGCAACUUUUAUUUUAUUUCUUAAAAAUGGAAAGAAAGCUUUAGUUUUAAAACAGAUUUGUAGUAACUUGCCGAAAUGUGUUUUUGUUCAGACCAAAAGCGAUGAUAAAAAUGUUAAAACGAAUACGGUAUUGAUUUAUUCUAAAAAUGAAAUGUUAAAAUUGAAUAAUGAUCAAAUUAACAAUAAAAAGGGUGAAAAUAUUGAGGAUGACGUCAAAUCUAAAGAAUUGCUUGGACUGUUUUCAAAAUGUUCGGAAUGUGGUGAUGUUUUAUCUGAACCUGUAAUGAAACAUUUUCAACGGAAUUUUAAUCCUUUAGAUGACGACUUGAAAUGUGAAGUUUGUAAUUUUGUUUCAAUUGGGAUUUGUUCUUUUAAGGCUCACAAAAGAUUACACGAAGGUGAACCACCCUUUGUUUGCCCAGAAUGUGGAAUAAACUUUAAAACUUUCGUCGAAGUGAUUAACCAUCAAGAUGAUGGUUGUUAUCAUUUUGCAAAGCAAGUCCGAUUAAAAUGUACAAAAAAACGCUGUAAAAAGAUUUUUUCUUAUCACACAAAUUAUAAACAACAUUUUUGUUCUCACAUAAAACAUAUUAUAGGAUGCUCAAAAUGUUAUAUGAUCGAAUUUGAUACUGAAGAAGAAAUUUCUUUACACAUUUUACAAUUUCACAAAGACGAAGAAGUUAUUCCUAAUGAUAUUUAUAAAUGUACACUCUGCCAAGAUUUAGUUUUAGAUGAUUUUACAAAACACAUUGAUUGGCAUUGCGACCCAAACAAAUUAACAAAUCGCGUUUACGUUUAUAUUUGUAAAUUUUGUAGAAAUUUUUUUAGAACUUCGGCAACAUAUGCAACCCAUUUAUCAAGAUGCAAUAAAAAAUCGAUUUCUGUAGCGGAAAUACUUUCGUCCAAAUAUUCCCCAGAAAUGACAUUUUGUAACAAUUGCCAAUUUUUAAUACAAUUUAAAAUACCUUCAACAAAAAAUUGUCCAAAAUGCGAAUCACCAGAUAAAUUACUUUAUCAUAAACCAGAGCAACAAACUUCUAAAAAACCGAAAUGUUCAUUAUGCAACUUUUCUAUUUUACCCGCCACCCAACAUAAAUGUAAAUUCGAUAACCCCAUCGUCAUAUUAAACAAUAUAAGCACCAUCGAUGAAACUCAAAAGUUACCGGAAAAAAGAAAAAAACGAAAAUCAUCUUCACCGAAUAAUUCCAAAAGAAAAGCUUCCAGAUCAAAUUCAGAAACUCAAGACUUAUCGUUUGAAUCGCCAAAACCAUUCGAUGGAACAUAUUUUUGUAAACUAUGCGAAUUCAAAUCGGAAAAUCGACCUGAUUUUCACAUUCAUUUGAAAGAACAUCGAGAGGGAGCCAUUUAUCAAUGUUUGGAAUGCGGCGAAUCCUUCGUUGUUAAGCCAAGCUUUGAGAAACACCUUAUUUAUUUUCAUCAAAUAACAGAUAUCGAUAAAUACAUUGAAGAAAACGGCGAUUGUUAUGAUAGAGAACUCGAAAUCCAACUUGAAAAUGACGUCGAAGAUAUCUUCGAACCAAAUCAGUGUAAAGUUUGUAGAGCGAAAUUUGAAGAUGAAUUUGAACUAAAAAAACAUUUUAGGGUUCAUGGGAUGGCAUUUUUGUUAAAUGGAACUAAAAAUUAAUAAAGAUUGAUGUUUAUUUUGAA